AAAUGCAUACCGUACUUCUUACCAAGUAAUUAAGUUAUUACAAGUGUUUGAUUUGUUGCAAUGUGUGAAUUGAAUUUCGUAGGGAGCCGGAACAUAACGACCUGCGGCAGGAAGCAGAAGGAAUGUUACCAAGGAGCCAAAUUCGACAUGGAGUCCAUCACAGGAAUGGGCAUCACUUGCGAUUGCAUACCAGCUUGUUACGAGUUGGUGUACUUAGAGAGUAAGUCCUUUGGAGGACUAUUACCCGUUCUAAAUUAUUCUGAAAAGGAAGAUUGGAACGUGACCACCAGCUACAUAACGAGAAACUUGGCAAUCCUACAUAUCUUUUUCCCCACCGGUCAGUUUACUAAGGAAGUUAAAGCUGAAUUGUACGGAUUUACAGAAAUUUUGUCUAACGUGGGCGGGUUGCUCAGCCUCUGCAUGGGUUUCAGCUUUCUGAGCAUCAUAGAAAUGCUCUACUUUGUUACAGUGAAAAUGCUUUGCAAUUGGUUAUUGACGAAUAAAAAGAAAAAAAUCAGAAGAAACGAUGAUUUCCAACUUUACAACAGUGUUGGUGUAACGAAAUUUCCUUUUCUUAAAUGAAAUAUCUUUCAAAUGUAUUUGUUCC